UAUACUAACAUCCGCAGAAGGUGAACUUCCGUUCGAUCGACUAAACAAAUUCAAACCGACAGAGUCGUUACUGCGAGUUAAACGUUGUUUGGGAGACGGUGGAAGUAGACUAAUCGGAAGACUAGCUUUUGGUGUUGCGUGUAAUUAUUUCCUGACUUUGUUAACGAUGGCUUUAAGAAAUAGGACCGCGCUCACGAAUAUUGUAAAUCAAGAAAAUACAAAGAAUUUUAAGUCUUCUGUGACCACAAUACCUGGGAAGACAAAAAGAGCUGCUUUGGGUGAAAUAGGAAACAAAGUGAACACAUUAAGAGGCAUAGAACCCAUUGAUAGAACUAGCUUGCUAAUAAAAGACAAGAAACCGAUUAUAGCCCCAAAACAAGCUAUCAAACCACCAGAAAAAGCAACUGAGAAACUACCUGUACAAAUAGUUAAACCUGUAAUAAAGGUUGCAGUUUCUCAAGAGAGUGUGAUAUCACUGCCUGCUAAAAAGGAGGUUCAAUCAUUCUCCUCAGAUCUAUUAGCAGUUGAAGAUAUUGAUGAAGAAGAUAAAGGAAAUCCUAGUCUAGUUUCUAUUUAUAGUAAUGACAUUUAUGAAUACUUAAGAACUCUAGAAAGUAUGUACCCUAUUUCAAAAGGAUAUCUAUGUGGACAAGAAGUUACGCCAAAAAUGAGGAGUGUACUUAUAGAUUGGUUAGUGGAUGUACACCAACAAUUUCAUUUAAUGCAAGAAACAUUAUACCUAACUGUUGCUAUCAUUGAUAGAUUUUUACAGGCUUUUCGCUCAAUAGAUAGGAAAAGGUUACAAUUGGUUGGUGUGACUGCUAUGUUUAUUGCUAGCAAGUAUGAAGAAAUGUACUCUCCAGAUAUAAAUGAUUUUGUAUAUAUCACAGAUAAUGCAUACUCGAAGGUAGAAAUAUUACAAAUGGAAAUGCUUAUUGUAAAAACAUUAGAUUAUUCUUUUGGUAGACCAUUACCCUUACAUUUCCUAAGGAGAUACAGCAAAGCUGGAAAGGCACUCCCAAUACAUCAUACAAUGGCUAAAUAUUUUCUAGAACAAAGCUUAGUUCACUAUGAAGUGUGCCACUAUCCCCCAAGCCUUAUUGCAGCUGCAGCAAUAUAUUUAGCUUUCCUAAUUAUUGAUAAUGAUGACGAAGACCAGCAAAAGGUUGUCUGGACAAAUACCUUGGCACAUUACAGUACCUAUUCCAAGGACGACGUAUUCCCUGUAGUACGGGAAACAGCAAGUAUUAUAGUUAAUGCGGAUAAAAUUAAGUAUCAAGCUGUGAGAAAGAAAUAUGCCCAAGCAAAGUGCAUGAAGAUUAGUACUCGACCCGAACUUAGAUCAGCAACAAUAGAUUUAUUAGCUACUGCAGAUAAAAGGGCAGUAUAAUAUUCAUUUUAAAAGAUAAUUGUAGUGAGACAUUUGUUUGUUCAAUAUUUCAUUGGACAAAAUAAAUUGCAUCGUACAUAGGAUGAUACAUUUUCGGAGGUAGAAACAUAUGAGAUGAGCAGACUAAAUAAAAAAAGAGAGAAAGACGAGACUAUCUUCAUUUAUCUUUUUUUCCUAUCAUAUUGUUUUCAUAUAAAAAAUGUCAUAAUUUAUUUUGAUGGUUGCCAUGAUGAAUAUUAAAAUUAUUUCUAAAUAAUGACUUUCGCUCCAAAAUUUAUUGGAGUAAAUAAUUUGGUAUGAAAAAUAUUUCUACAAACAAAAUUCAGUAAGGUAACUAAUGAUUCCUUACCUAUAAAAAGUUGCAGGGAAAAAAUACUUCAGACAGAAAAUACAGUUAUUUAUCUAUUAAAUUAAAAGUUUGUGAAUGGUAGUCUCGUUUUAAUUACAGAUAUUAGCCUCAAGUAUACAAGUUCUAUUAAAAAUGGGACAUUUUAAUUCUAAAUAUUACGGAGUUGCUGUACGAAGUUCGUAAGAAAGAAAGAAAAACUUUAGUAAGUAUUUCCGUAUGAUAUAAUGUAACUCGAAUAUUCUUUAUUCUUGAGUAAGGGUAGUUUGCAUUUUGUUGAAUAAUGUCUGAUUUAUUAAAAACCAGAUACUUAGUAUGGAAAUUACUUAUUAAAGAUUUUUUCUAUCUAUGCACGUAAUUACACAAUUUAGGGUAAUUAUAGAAAAAGUUUUAUAGUAGAGGAGAGAAAAAGAAAGAAGCAUGAGUAUAGUCAAUUGAUAUGGAAAUGUGUAUAUUUUUGGAUCACUAUAGAAAACUAUCGAACAACGUUUGUCAAAGGAUCUCUGUUUAAAUUCAGUAAAAUUUCGGCAAAAUGAUUAAGAUGUAAAA